AUGGAGUGUUGCAACCCAGAAUGCUCAAACUUGUCGUCUGAUACAAUUGUUUGUAGGAAUUGUUGUAUGACGAGAUAUUGUUCUGAGGAAUGCUUAAAGAUAGAUUGAGAAUUAAAUCAUUCAAAACACUGCCAACCUCAUGUGUAUUCUUUAGAAGACCUGCAAAUAGUAUCAAAUCAUAAUUCGUCAAAAUUAGGGAGAGGGUCAUAUGGAGAAGUUAGGCUAAUUUUUACAAAAAAAGGAGAAAAAUUAGCUUUAAAAUCAAUUAGCAAGAAUUUAAUAGAAACAAAAAUUCCAUUAAAAAUUUUAUAUAUAUUUUUUUAUUUAAAUAUUUUUUUUUAUUUUAAUAUGCAUUUACUAUUUAUAUAAACAAACAAUUAUUCAGAAUUAUAUAUAGAGAAAUAUCAGUUCACAGAUCAUUAUGUCAUAGAAACAUAAUCAAACUUUAUGAUCAUUUAGAAGAUUCUUCCAACAUUUAUUUAGUCUUAGAAUAUGCUGAGCAUGGAAAUUUAUUUACACAUAUAAAAAGAAAAAAGAAACUAACUGAACCAGAAGCAUGAAAUUUUUUUACCCAAGUCUGUAUAGGAAUUAACUAUCUGCAUGAGCAGCAAGUCAUUCACAGAGACAUAAAGCCUGAAAAUAUUUUAUUAGGGAUUGACAAUCUAGUAAAAAUUUGUGAUUUCGGCUGAUGUGCAUGUGGAGCUGAAGAAAGAUCCACCUUUUGUGGAACAUUAGACUAUAUGGCCCCAGAAGUGCUAAACUUAGAUCGGUAUUCUUAUGAAGUCGAUAUUUGGGCUUUAGGGAUACUUUUAUAUGAGAUGCUGCAUGGGUAUGCUCCUUUUAGAGCAAAAAGUGACAGGGCUAAAUGCAAACUUAUUUUAGAUAAAACUUUUAUUUUUGGCCCAGGAAUUACAGAUGAAGCUAAAAAUUUGAUAAGUAGCUUGCUAACUGAUGCAAAUUCUAGGCCGACAGUAAAAGACAUUUUGAAGCAUGAUUGAAUAAGGAAAUAUACUCAUAAUGCUAUUGAGGAAGGAUAUUUGGUAAAUCAUCCAGAAUUUGGUGAUGGGAUUAUUUCAGGUAUUCGAGGAUUGAUAUGUGAAGUAGAAUUUGGAAUUUUUUUAAAGGAAUUUGUGAUUAAUGACUUAGUAGAGAUAUGCACAAUUAAAGAAUUUAAAGAACAAGAAGAUUAUAGAAUUUCUGCUAGUGGAAUUGGAUUGCCGAAAUCCGUGAAAGAAAAUAAGGAUAAAAUAGAAGAAAAAAAAGAAAAUAAGAAGGAAGAGUAUGAGAAUUUAGAAAUUUCAGAUUCUGCUUUAGAAAUGAAAAUAAAAGAGUUAAAUCAGCUGAAAUUUAUAUUAGAAGCACCUAUAAUUAGACAUAAAAAGAAAGCAGACUCAAUGAAUCAAAGUGUAAUUGAUAGCUUAUUAUCAAGUUUCAGCUGUGUAAAGAGGUAG